CUUUUCUUCUCAUCUUUGAAAGCUCCUGCCUCCUUACAGAUUCUCAAAAUGGAAGAGGAAAUUGCAGUGCUUGUCAUUGAGAAUGGAUCCGGUAUGUGCAAGGCAGGCUUCACUGGAGAUGAUGCUCCUCAUGCUGUGUUCCCCUCAAUUGUUGGGCGCCCACGCCACCAGGGCGUCAUGGAUGGAAUGGGACAGAAAGAUAGCUAUAUGGGGGAUGAGGCUCAAAGCAAGAGAGGUAUCUUAACUCUGAAAUACCCGACUGAACAUGGAAUUGUCACCAACUGGGAUGAUAUGGAGAAAAUCUGGCAUCAUACUUUCUACAAUGAGCUUCGUGUUGCCCCUGAAGAACACCCUGUGCUGCUAACAGAAGCUCCUUUGAAUCCCAAGGCCAACAGAGAGAAGAUGACACAGAUCAUGUUUGAAACAUUCAACACUCCUGCUAUGUAUGUGGCCAUCCAGGCUGUGCUAUCCCUGUAUGCCUCUGGUCGUACCACUGGUAUUGUAAUGGACUCUGGAGAUGGUGUCACACACACUGUGCCCAUCUAUGAAGGUUAUGCCCUUCCUCAUGCCAUUCUGCGACUUGAUCUGGCUGGUCGUGACCUCACAGACUACCUCAUGAAGAUUCUGACAGAAAGAGGCUACAGCUUCACCACCACAGCCGAAAGGGAAAUUGUGCGUGACAUAAAAGAAAAGUUGUGCGCGAUGGCCCUUAGGGCUGCAAAAGCGCCUCUAGGGAUAUGUACGGUCCACUGGUUGUACUUGGCCCACACUUGA